AUGAGUGCAUUGAGUGAUAUAGGAUCAGCUGACUACGAUCCUCUCUACGAUCUUCAAGAAUUGCUUCCGGAUCCAUCGUCUUUAGCCAACCUUCGAAGUUUCAUGAAUUAUACCAACUCUUACAAGUUAUCAAUUGAUCAAGAUAUACAAAGGAUACAACUAGAAUACACAACCUAUUUGCAAAGUGAUGAUAAGUUUGACGCUGGUGCUGCUCAUUCAGAGCUUGAUAACAUCAUAGCAGAGAUUGAUGAGAAUAAAAAGCUAGGUGUCAACACUCAAGAUGUGAUUGAAGGAAUGACUUCCAAUAUCAAAAAACUUGAUGAUGCUAAAAAAAACUUGGUACUGAGUAUGACAGUGCUGAAAAGGCUACAGAUGUUGAUUACCGCCUAUGAGCAAUUGGUUUAUUUUUCAGAAGCAAAGAAAUAUUCUGAUUCAGUUCAACUGUUGAGCGCUGUGGGGGAAUUGGUGGAUCAUUUCAAACCAUACAAAAGUAUAGACGAUAUAGCAGAUCUAACUAGAAAAGUCAAUAAGCUGAAGAUUACAAUCACAGAUCAAAUAUUCCAAGACUUUGAAAACACAUUGAACCAAAAGGAGAAUUUAAAAGAUUCAGAGCUAAGGAGCGCUUGUCAAAUGUUGGACCUGAUAGGAAAUGAUCAUCACACAAGAUUAGUUAAUUGGUUCUGUACUCAACAAUUGAAGGAGAUUAAAUCAAUCUUUAUUAGUUCAGAUGAGGCAGGCUCUUUAGAGAAUAUCUCUAGAAGAUUUCUCUUUUUUAAAAAAUUGUUGAAGAAUUAUGAACAAUUCUUUCAAAACUACUUCCCUGAGGAUUGGAAGGUUGAAGAACAAUUAACAUCCAAGUUUUGUGAAUUCACCAAAGAUAGUAUCAAGCAAGUUUUAUCAGAAUCUGGGAAAAAUACAGAUGUUGAUUUGAUGUUAAAUUCCCUUCAACAGACUCUUGACUUUGAAAAAUUCCUAAACUCAAAAUUCAAAUAUAAAGAUCCAGAUGAAUCAUUAUCAUCCUCAUAUGAAUUCACUGAUGGUAUAGAAGCAUUACCAAAGUUUAGCCAAUCAAUUUCAUCUGCAUUUGAACCAUUUUUGGGUAUAUGGGUUGAUCAUCAAAACACAUUUUUGAGCAAUAAAUUUUUGGAGUUCUUAUCUGCUCCAAAAUUACCUUCAAAGGAACAAGAUGAACAUCAAGCAAAUGUGAUACCAUCAUCUGCUGAUUUGUUUAGAGCUUAUCGUCAUUUAUUUUCACAAUGUGCAACUUUAUCCACUGCUGGUCCAUUACGUGACCUUGCCAGAUUAUUUUCUAAAUGGUCUUUAGAAUAUUCAAACAGAAUCAUGAAACCCACAUUACCAGCAACUGUUAAUGAUGAGUCAGUUGCUUAUAUUACUCUUGUUUUGAACACUGCUGAUUAUUGUUCCACUACUAUUACGCAAUUGGAGGAGAAAUUAAUUGAAACGAUAGAUGAAGGUUUCAAGAAAGAUAUUAAUUUCGAACCCGUUAAAGAAUCAUUUAUUAAAUUAAUGAACAAAUCAAUCAAUUUGCUUGUUUACAAAAUUGAAACAGAAAGUGAAUUCUCCUGGAGAGAAAUGGCAAACACAAAUUGGUCGCAUAUGGAAGAUGUUGGUGAUCAAAGUAGAUAUAUUUCAAGUCUCAAAGAAAUACUCAUCAAGAAUUGCACACUCAUCCUACCUACAUUUGUUAGAGAGAUUUAUGUACGAAAUUUUUGUGACAAGAUUGUUGAAAGUACAAUAAAUCAAUUUUUAACAAGUAUUAUUAGAACCAAGCCUAUUCCUGUUAUAGCUGCAGAACAAAUGUUGCUAGAUCUUUCAGUUUUGAAAGAGACUUUUCUGAAAUUACCAAAGUUAUCUACAGAUGCGCCAGAUUAUAAGAUAUCUAGCCAAUACCAAAAACAUGUUGAUAGAAUGGUGGGACGUCUGGAAGUUAUAUUGAAGGUGUUGUUAACUCAAGAAGCUCCUCAAGAAGGUUUAGUUUCCAAUUAUUUUUUCCUCAUUGGUGAUAAAUCUGUCGAGAAUUUCAUAAAGAUUCUACAAUUGAAAGGGAUAACAGAUAAAAACAGACAAACCAAAUUCAUUGAUCUGUUUAGAAUACAUAUGAAAGCACAUGAUAAUCUGGUUGAAAGUUCACCGAUUUUAUCAAAAGUUACUAUAGAGGAUGAAUCAUCAAAUGUUCCAUCUUCAACUGGUAUUUUAUCAUCUUAUGGCCAAAAAAUCACAUCACCAGAUACUUCGUCUUCACCAAGAUUUGAUAAUAUAUUUGCCAAACGAGAUAAUCUGGAAAAGGGUCUCAAAGAAUUAGCAUUAAAUGGUGAAGCUGGUGUUAGUAAAUUCAAUGAAAAUUUCCAAAAAUUUGGAAGAUUCUUCAGAAAAGACAACAAUAAUAAUAACAAUUAUAAUAAUAACAAUAACAACUCAUCCAACAACUAA